AAAGACCUCGCAGUUCAAGGCGCACCAUGAAUACCUUGUUCCGAUGCCCAAUCUGUUGUCAGCACCUCGCGCUGUGUUGCUUGUCGUGCGUCAGUCGGGCCCAUCGCAAUGGUCGCGAUUCCCUCGUAAACAGAGCUUUAAGCAUAAAAGACUCCCGUUUCCCUCAUGCAGCAUCCUCACAAGUCAUAAGGAAUCCAGCUCAAAGACGCACACAUUCAAAUCUUUUUAUUGCAACCGUUAAGAUCGUCAUUGACUACUCUGCCCCGGCGCCCAAUACACAAGCCUGAGCCAUGGACCUCAAUUUUUUCCCCACCGCGACGGCGGAUUCCACGCUUCUCGGCACCCUCGACGGUGACCAGGCCGCAUCAGAGCCUCAACUCUGGGACGCCUCGGCCGAGUACACCGAGCUCAUCACAUCGCCCGGCGCAUUGGGACUGAUGCAAGGACUCGCAUUCCGCCCAGCAUCAGCCUCAAAAUCUCUCACAACUUGGCCAACCACCGCCACCGGUCAACCCCGGGUUUCUCGCCCCGAGAGCCAAGAAGACUGGGACGCAAAGAAGGACACCAUUCGAAAGCUUUACCUCGAGGAGAACCUUCCACUCCAGGACGUCGUUGACACCAUGUCGAAGAAGCAUUCUUUCUCGGCUACUGAAAGGAUGUACAAGCGGCAGUUCCAGAAAUGGAACUGGAGAAAAUACAACACGAAAGCAUAUCAACAAAGCCACGCCCAAUGCAUUCAUGUGAAAUCGUCCCGCGGAAUGGCGACAUGCCGGAGACCAGCUAGGCGACGCCGCCCCAAGCAGGUCCCCAUCCACAAAAGCACUGUUUACCAUCUCGCGGUCCGCUCGAACCCCAAUUUUGCUCAGGAUACCACGACAUUCACAAUACCCCUUUUUCACGGAAACCAAACAUACGAAUGGCUCGAAAAGACCUACGCCAACCUUCGCGAGAUCAUAGUAGGCACAGCUCGGCGAGACCCUGCUUGGAGUCAAUCGGAUCGUUAUUGUUUACGGACCGCGAGUGGAGCCUUUGCAUACCGUCAGUUUGAACUCGCCUUCGACUUUUCUGAUAUUGAAGAUUAUACAAAUUAUGGUUCCACCCUUCGUUCAGCAUUCCUCGAGGUUGAGAAUACCCUCCACAGCGCAUAUGAACCAAUCGACGUGUUCGUACACCUCCUUGUCUACAUUCCGCAAUGUAUUUUCGACGAGGAGAGAUUCGAUAUUUUGAAGACAUACCUACUCUUCCUCUCCCAAAUGCUGGAUAUCAGAAGGCCCGAGCAACCCAUUACUCUCGCUGCCACAGCAAUGCAAAAACUAUUUUCAACAGAAGUUGGACCAAUCAACCGACACACCUUGGACACAAUGAUGCGGAUAGUAUCAGAUUGCUACACAGAAAUUCGUGGAGAAUACGACUUGGGUAGCAUGCACGCUAGAAUCAUAGCGCUUCCGUGCGCCACUGAUGAUUCCGACAGUGUCUUGUGCAUCAACGGGCUUCAGUCACUCCACCACAGUUGCAUAGUCUGGUUGGAUGAUAUUGCUGAGAAAUUAGGUGAAGCCUCGCACGAAUACCAUCAAGUGGUAUUGAGUUUGCUUGGACUGGCCACGUUGUCUAGCGCAACAGACUACGCCCUUGAACUGUAUGGAAAGGGAUGUGCUCUGCUCACGGAAGCAAAUCCUGCCUCGCGAAAAGACUGGAGUGAGAACUCACUAUCUCUUCUUAGCGAUUACAAUGAGUUAAUGGCCAUCUCGAUCGGAGAAGACAAAGAAGACCUAGCCAUCUUCUACCUGCGAGAGUCCUUGUCAGUGAGGGAAAUCAUAUGCAGGAAGACUGAUAGAGAUUCAGAACCCCACCGAUUCAACAGAACAAGGAUAGCUUCCUACCGCAUCCAGUUAAUUGACCAGUUGGCCUCGCUUGGAAGGGUCCUAGAGGCGGCCGAGCUAAGAGCUCAUUUGGCCCAAUCCGACUAUCUGCUCGAGAUGCAGGAGAAGGACUUAAGUCAGUUGACAGGAUUGUUUGCAGACCCCCUGCCUCAGGAAUGCUAUUAGUUGUAGUUAGGUAUGGAUGUUUAACCUAUUUUGGGC